CUCCACCUUUCACUGAAAGUCUCCACUUGUAAUUAUCUACAGCAACACAAUCAAAAGCCUCCUUCAGUUAAUUGAUCUAUAAAAACCCGUUCGCAUGUAGUUCACCAAAACACGAAGCUCGAUCUUGUAGCCACUAUGAAGUCCUUAGCCAAUUCCCAAAUGUCCCUCAUCUUGAUCUUCUUUUUCUUGAGUUCCCUCUUCUUCUUCAUCUCCUCCAAUGCAGCCACUUUUGAAAUCCGUAACGAGUGCCCUUACACUGUCUGGGCAGCCGCCUCUCCUGGAGGAGGCCGUCGCCUGGACCGUGGCCAGAGCUGGAACCUAAACGUUGCCGCGGGGACGAAAAUGGCUCGCAUAUGGGGGCGUACUAAUUGCAAAUUUGAUAAUAGUGGCCGCGGCCGUUGUGCCACGGGAGAUUGUGGAGCCUUGGAAUGCAACGGAUGGGGAGUCCCUCCCAACACCUUGGCAGAAUAUGCCCUUAACCAAUUUGGCAACAUGGACUUCAUCGACAUUUCCUUAGUCGACGGCUUCAACAUUCCGAUGGACUUUAGCCCGACCAGUGGCGGGUGUAGGGGAAUCCGGUGCACGGCGGACAUCAACGGGCAGUGUCCUGGAGAGCUGAAGGUACCUAGUGGGUGCAAUAACCCUUGUACUGUUUUCAAGACUAAUGAAUAUUGCUGCACAAAUGGGCAAGGGAGCUGUGGACCGACCAAUUUCUCAAAGUUUUUCAAGACUAGGUGCCCGGAUGCUUAUAGUUAUCCUCAGGAUGAUCCUACGAGCACAUUUACAUGCCCUGGAGGGACUAACUAUAGGGUUGUGUUUUGCCCUGGAGGAAACCCUGGUAAUUUCCCUUUGGAGAUGGUGAGCGACAGGAAUGAGGAGUAAUGAUCGUCUGUUGAUGUAUUGGGCCAGCUAUGAGUUUCUGUUUGGAUAAUAAUGUACGUUUUUUCUUAAUUUCUUCUCGUUGUUGUAUGUUGUGGUACUUAGAUGUACUAUGUCAUAAAAUCGACUUCAAAUAAACUUGCAUUUUCUACGAAGUUUGAUCGUC